AAUUUAUUCAUUAACGUUUGUAAUUAAUGAAUGAGUAAAUGAGUAAAUAAACAACGAGAAAGAGAUUAAUUGAAAUUGUUUAUAAAUUAAGACUUUGAUUUAAAAGAUUAAGGUUUACAUAUAAGUUAAAAGAAAUGACAAUGUUUACUAUAUAGAGAUGCUUUUCCUAAUGUUUUCUUUCUUUAUGGAAAUCUUAAGGAAUUAUUGUUUGUAAACGAGAAUCGUAGAAUAGUUGAUGAGUCUUAACGACGCGAGGGAAAAAUUUCCCGGUUGGCCAACAAACCAUUCUACAGACCAAUCCCCCAUUACAGUCGUAAACAUGCCACUGCGACGCUCUAACUCUGUUAUUUCAAAAACGUUCUCUGAAACAAUUAGCCUACCAGGAUUAUCUAGAGCCAUUCAAACAAGAUCAAUUCUGGAAAGAUUUUUCUGGAUUAUUGUAUUUCUAUCGACUACUGGAAUGUUUACCUGGCAGAUUGUGGAAUUGUUCUUAAGAUUUUCGUCUUAUCCAAAGAAAGUUACAGUUGAGGUUCUACCAAUGAAAGUAGAAUUUCCAUCGAUAUCUGUUUGUAAUAUGAGACAUUUGGACAUAGAAAUAUUAAAUUCUUUAAAUGGUGUAUUCAAAUCGAACAAAUCGCUGAUUGAGCAAAUAGAUGAUUACGAUAACCCUUUUAUCAAGGCCUAUAUAAGGAAGAGCGCAGUUUACGCAACACUAUUUAGCCCUUAUCAAGAAAAGUAUCCGGAUGUUUUUCAAGAGAUUUUCUCUCGAACAACCUAUUCGGCAAAUAUAGACGAAUCAGUUAUCGAGACAGCUGUCGUUAAGUUUGACCAAUUCUUCGUUACAAGUUCAAUGUCUAGUACCAAAUGCGAUAGAUCUGAAUAUUCAUCAUUUUUCGAUCCUUAUUAUUAUAGAUGCUUUACUUAUAACGGAAAGUCGCAGUCUUUUGCCGAAGGUAUUGAGAAUGGUUGGUUAGCCAUAAUCCUUAGUGGCUCUGGAAUGACCUAUAAAAAUAACGAAGUUAGAGUAAUACCAGGUCUUCAACAAAGUAGAAGUCCCGUUUCUGCAUCUGAUGGAGUUAGAGUUAUUAUUCAUCCGGAGAAUACUACGCCAUUCCCGUUUACUGAAGGUUACGACGUUCCGCCAAAUUUUAGUGCGUCAUUUGCUAUUCGAGCAAGGAAAAAUAUUCGAAUAGGUCCUCCCCAUGGACUAUGCACCAAUACUAAUCCAUUUUCUCCCGACAGUAAAAAAAAGUAUAGAGUAAUUGAAUGUCAAAGAAUGUGUGUUCAAAGGAAGAUAUUAGACGAAUGUAAUUGUCUGGAUUCCAGUUAUCCCCUACUUGCUAACACCUCUGCCAAAUUCUGCAGACAAGAUGACAUCUUCCCAGAGAUUUGCGCCGUUGAAGCGAAUGCCGAAUGCAUGGAUAUCAUGCUUAAGGCCUACGAGAGAAUAAAAUGUUCUCAAAGAGUUCAAAGAUCGGUAUUAAUCAACGCUACAAGUAUUUUUGACCAAUGUUUCUGCUAUCCAGCAUGUAAUGAGACAUCGUACGAUGUAUCGUAUUCUUUAUCAAAAUGGCCUACACCCACUUACGAGAGCGACUCAACAUUCGUUGAGAUUUUCCUGUUGGAAAAUUUUACAAUGCCUUCAAAAAAGAUUAAUUUUAUGGAUGAGAUUAAAUAUGAAGAACGUCAGAAAAUUAUGAAAGAAUUCCUAAGAUUAAACGUCUACGUGGCGGAUAGUAACGUUAUGAAAACUGAAGAGUCUCCCGAGUAUACUAUUAAUCAAUUAGUCUCAGAUAUUGGUGGUCAAGCUGGUCUUUGGGUAGGAAUGAGCGUUAUAACACUAGCAGAAGUUAUAUCGGUUCUAUGCAGUCUUUUUAAUACAUCCGAUAAAUAUAAAAAAAGAAGAAAUCCUUAAAAAAUGAUCUUAUCAUUAUUCUCAUUAAAUUUCUUCAUUAUGAAACGUUAAAAUACAAUGAGA